CUCAAAUCACCCUCCUGAUUGAGGGCUUGGAAGUGGGAAGCGGCACCAUGCUCUUCCUCAUGGCUGGGAAAUCCGAGCUCAGCGUGGAGCCCACGAGGGCUCGGCUGUGCAAGGGUUAAAUGCGGCUGCUCGUCCGGGUCUCGGGGGCCUCCCACUCGGCAGGCAGGGUAUGAAUAGCUGCGCUCCCCUCUGCUCGCCGGCACUCUCUGCUUCCCUCCCCGCCUUCUUCUCCCCUCCUCAUCCUCCCGGCCAUGCUGAGCACGGAGAGUUUGGCGGGGCCCCGAGCCCUGGGAGAGGAAUCGCUGCAGAUGUGGGACCUCAACAAGCGCCUGGAGGCCUACCUGGCCCGCGUGAAGUUCCUGGAGGAGGAGAACGAGGUGCUGCGAGCUGAAAUCCAGAGCAGCAGGAGCGGCCAGUCGGGGGAAUCGUGGAGGGCCAAGUACGAGGAGGAGCUGCGAGCGCUGCGGGAUGCGCUGGAUGUCGCCUUCAGGGACAAAUGCACGGCCGAGCUGGCCAGGGACAACCUCUACGAGGAGGUGCAGCAGGUGAGAAGCAGGUGCCAGAAGGAGCAGGCAGCCCGAGAAGCAGCCAAGAAGGAGCUGUCCUUGAGCAGGAAGGAGCUGGAGGAGGAGAGGAGAGCGCAGAUCUGGCUCAAGGAGAGAGCCGUGCAGCUGGAGAAGGAGGUGGAAGCCUUGCUGGAGGUGCACGAGGAGGAGAAAGCGGGGCUGGACCAGGAGAUCGCCACUUUCUCGCACAGCCUGGAGAGUUUCCGCUGUGCCCCCGUGGCUCUGCAGCCCGUGGAGGUGGAGGAUUACUCCAAGAGGCUCUCGGAGAUCUGGAAAGGGGCGGUGGAGACCUACAAGGCGGAGGUGGCUCAGCUGGAAGGUUCCCUGUGCCAGGCCAAGGAGAACCUGUGGAAGGCGGUGGAGGACAACCAGCAGAGCCAGCUGCAGCUGCAGCACCUGGAGAAGGACCUGGCGGGGCUCAAAGCUCGCAAGGAGAUGCUGGAGGAGAGCCUGGCCCGGCAGUGGCAGGAGCAGCGCGGGGAGGCAGAAAAGUUCCAGCUGGCCAUGGAGGCCCUGGAGCAGGAGCAGCAGAGCCUGCGGGUGCAGAUCGCGCGGGUGCUGGAGGACAGGCAGCAGCUGAUGCACCUCAAGAUGUCCCUGAGCCUGGAAGUGGCGACCUACAGGACGCUGCUGGAAGCCGAGAGCAGCCGCCUGCAGGUGCCCGCCGGGGAAUUCAGGGUGACAAACGGGCUCAGAGAUCUCAAACUGGAGCUGAGCAGCAGCAAAGCAUCACCAGCGAGCCCCGAGGCCAGGCGGGUGCUGCCCUGCACCCCCUUCCCCAGGGUGACCAAACACCCCCAAAGUGCCACCCUGACGCCCCAAAGUGCCACCCUGACGCCCCAAAUCACCAGGGAGCUCCAGAAAACCACCCCAGCCCUCCAUGGCAGUGCCACCAGCAGGGUUAGGGGGCUGGGGGCUCUCACACCCAGCCCACCCCAGGCAGGCAGAGCCUCCCUUGCCCUCUCCCCCGAGCAGGAGAGCUGUGGGGUGGAAGGUCCAGCCUGGCCAGGAGGAGAUGAGGCAGCAAUGAGCCCAGGGAUGGAGUGUGCCCUGCCCAGAGCCUCUGGGGACAGUGGCAGUGCCAGCCUGCAGCCCCUGGGAGAUGCCCACAGGCUGCAGUACCCGGCCCAGCUGGUCAGCGAGGCGCUGGAGGAUGCCCUCAAGGAGAUGGGAGAUGAUGCUCAGUCCCAAGAGGAGCCCACACCCAGCUCCACGUGGGAUAUCCGUGCUCCCAGCCCUGUUUUCCCCACCAAGGCUGUGCCAGAGGGGCCUGGGGAAGGGCAGGAGGGAUCUGAGGAUGAGGAGAGAGCUGAGGAGGUGAUGCUCCAAGGGCUGGCUAAGGAGAGCAGCACCCUGCAGGACACAGCUCCAUCCCCACCAAGCGUGGACCCUCCCUUGGGGAGCCAGGAAGAUCUGGGAGCAUGGGAGGAGGAGGAAGAAGAGGAAGAGGAGGAGGUUCCUGCUGUGCUGAGCCCAAGGGAUGCAGAAAUGGAGGCCCAGGAAGGGCAUGAGGAUCUGCCUGGGCAGACAGAGAGCAGCUGGGAAAAGCCAGAGGAGCAAAGGACACAAACCCCCAGCACGCAGCCUUCACACCCCUCCGAGGAUGAGGAGGAGGGAGAUCUCCAGCAGGAAGGAACAGAAGUGCAAGAGGAGAAAUGUCCCCACAGAGAAGUGGAAGCUGCUGGUGCUGUCCUCGUUCAAAGCCACCUGGCUCUGCCCACAGAAGGUCACCUGGAGCAGGACUUUGCUGAUGCAGAGCAGGAAAGGGCUGAGCAGCACAAAAUGCCCAGGUGUGAGGUGGACCUGGCUGCAGAGCAGGGAAGGGAGCAGGAGCUGUGCCCAGAGCAGGAGCCCAAGGGUGUCCCUGAGGCCAUCCCAGCAGAGGAGCCUCCCACAGGAGCUGGAGGAGAUGCUGGGGCAGGGGAGGGGACAGGCAGAGGGGGAGAUGGUGAGGGGGAAAAGGGAGAGGCCAGCAGGGAGGUGCUGGGAGAGGAGGAUCACGGGGUGGGACAGGACCCCAUGGCAGCAGAAGACCUUGGGGCAGGAGAAGACCUUGGGGCAGGAGAAGAUCUUGGGGCAGGAGAAGACUCUGGGGCAGGAGAAGAUUUUGGGGCAGGAGAAGUCCAUGGGGCAGGAGAAGGCUCCAAGGUAGGAGAAGGCUCUGAGGCAGGAGAAGAUCUUGGGGCAGAAUUUCUUGGGGCAGGAGAAGACCAUGGGGCAGGAGAGGCAGGUGAGACCCUGGAGGGGGACAGUAGAGCCCCAGGAGAGCCUGAGGAGCUGCAGGAAGGAGAGGAGGAGGAACAGGAGGAGCUGGAGCCAGGAGAGGAGCCCUGGGCACAGGAGGGUGACCAUGGCAGUGCCCAAGAGGACUGGCAGGUGACAGCAGGGGACACUGAGGGGCCAGGACAGCCAGCCUGGGCAGGUGACACCCUGAGCAGUGCAGGAAGGCUGGAAAGCGAGCAGAGAGGUGGCACAGGGCCAGCAGAGCUGGAGGAGGCCCAGGAGGAUGAUGAAGGAGAUGCCAGGAGGCAGGAGAUGAGGCAGCAGCAGGCGCUGGCACAGGCUGAGCUGGCACAGCUGGGCAGCGUGGCACAGCCUGAGCCAACCCCUCCAGGUUCCCCUGGGCACAGCCAGGAGCUGGCAGAGGCUUCAGGGCAACCAGGGGAGCUGGGGCAGGUGCCAGGUGCCAGCACUGAGUGGGCACUGGAGGAGACCCCCAGAGACACAGAGCUGGCAGAGCUGGAGAGCUCAGAGCUGGUGGCACCAGGGCAGGUGCCAGGUGAGUGGGCAUUGGAGGAGGCCACCAGAGAUACAGAACCCACUGAGCUGGUGGCACCAGGGCAGGUGCCAGGUGACAGUGCUGAGUGGGCAUUGGAGGACACCCCCAGAGACACAGAACCCACAGAACCUGGGGAGCUGGGGCAGGUGCCAGGUGCCAGUGCUGAGUGGGCACUGGAGGAGGCCACCAGAGACACAGAACCCACAGAGCUGGUGGCACCAGGGCAGGUGCCAGGUGAGAAGAACGAGUGGGCAUUGAAGGAGACCCGCAGAGACACAGAACCCCCAGAAUUGGAGAGCUCAGAGCUGGUGGCACUGGGGCAGGUGCCAGGUGAGUGGGCACUGGAGGAGACCCCAAAAACCCCAGAGCUGGCAGUGGGCACGGGCAGGAGGGUGGAGCUGGAGGACACCCUGCCCGACAGCACCCCCCUGCACCUCUACCAGGAGGAGAUGCUGAUGGGGACACCCAGCCCAGACCCUCCAGAGAGCGAGGACACCACGGGGACAACUCCUGUGUGUGCCACAGCCCAGCAGGCCCAAGGGAGGGACCAGCCACCAACUGCCAGCGUGCCACAAGAGGAGGCAGAGGAGGCUGAAGAAGAGGAAGGUUAUUUCAUGGUCUCUGCUCCCAGCCAAGAGGUGUCCAGCUCAGAGGAAGCCGAGAUCCCUGAGGACUUUGAAGAAAUUCAAGUGGACGCAGCUGAAGGCGGCCAAGAUGGUCUGGGGGCUCCUGGGGAAGCGUCUGCAGGGCCAGAGGAGGGCACAGAGCACCUGGAGGUGCUGGCUGCAGGAGCAGAUGAGGGUAUGGAGGUGCCCACUGAGGUGCCAGAGGAUGAGGAGGGCACUGCUGAGCUGGAGGAAGGCCCAGAAGAAGACCCCAGCUGCCUUGGGGUGGUGGAGCCAUCAUCAGGAGGUUCUGGUGAGCCAGCCCAGGAUGCCACAGCAUGGCAGGGACCAGAGCACCCAGAAGAUCCAGAUGAGGAGCUCCACAGCACAGCUGAGCUGGAGGAAGGCCCAGAAGAAGAUCCAAACUGUCUGGGGGUGGUGGAGCCAUCAUCAGGAGGUUCUGGUGAGCCAGCCCAGGGUGCCACAGGCUCUGCAGAAGAGCACCCAGAAGAUCUGGCUGCUGAUCUAGAUGAUGGUAUGGAGGUGCCCACUGAGGAACCUGAGGUGCCAGAGGAUGAGGAGGUCACUGCUGAGCUGGAGGAAGGCCCAGAAGAAGACUCCAGCUCUAUGGGGGUGAUGGAACCAUCAUCAGGAGGUUCUGGUGAGCCAGCCCAGGGUGCCACAGGCUCUGCAGAAGAGCACCCAGAAGAUCUGGCUGCUGAAGCAGAUAUGGAGGUGCCCACUGAGGAACCUGAGGUGCCAAAUGAUGAAGAGGACACUGCUGAGCUGGAAGAAGGCCCAGAAGAAGAUCCAAACUGUCUGGGGGUGGUGGAACCAUCAGCAGGAGGUUCUGGUGAGCCAACCCAGGAUGCCACAGGCUCUGCAGCUUGGGAGGGACCAGAGCACCCAGAGGAUCCAGAUGAGGAGCUCCACAGCACAGCUGAGCUGGAGGGGGAUGCCAGGACCCUGGGACUGGCGGGGCAGGAGGAGGAGGAGGAGGAAGAUGAGGAUGAGCCCAGCAUGGCUCCCCAUGACCCAACCAAGGCCACAGCAGAGCUCCAGGCCCAGGCAGGGCCUGAUGGAGCAGAGCAGCCCCUGGAAGAGCAGCUAGGGAUGGAGGAGGGAGCCCUGGGCAGUGAGAGCCUGGGGCAGGGAGGUUCUCCAGAGGUGACCCCAGACAUCCCUGACACAGCUGAGCUGCCCGUGGAGAUCAUGAAAGCCUCGGGGAUUCUGGAAAUAGUUGAGCAGGCGCUGGAGUUCAACCAGGAGCUGAUGGGGGCGAGGGUGGCAGAGGCUGGGCAGGGUCCUGGCACGAGAGAGCUGUCCCGGGAUGGAGGGGAACGCUCUGAGCUCUCCCGGGAUGCAGAAGAACACCCUGAGGUGUCCUGGGAUGGAGAGGAACACUCCGAGCUCCCCCAGGAUGCCCAGGAAGGCUCUGAGUUCUACCAGGGUGAAGGCGAACACCCCGAGCUGUCUCUGGAUGCCCAGGAAUGCUCUCAGCUCUCCCGGGAUGCAGAGGAAGGCUCCAAACUCUCCCGGGAUGCAGAGGAAGGCUCUGAUCUGUCCCAGGAUGCAGAGGAAGGCUCAGAGUUCUCCCAGGAUGCAGGAGAACACUCUCAGCUCUCCCGGGAUGCAGAAGAACACCCCGAGCUCUCCCAGGAUGCAGAAGUACACUCUCAGCUCUCCCGGGAUGCAGACGAAGAUCCCGAGCUGUCCCGAGAUGAAGAGGAAGGCUCAGAGCUGUCCCGGGAUGCAGGAAAACACCCCGAGCUGUCCUGGGAUGCAGAAGAAGACUCCAAACUCUCCCGAGAUGCAGAGGAACACCCCGAGCUCCCCCAGGAUGCAGAGGAACACCCCAAACUCCCCAGGGAUGCAGAGGAAGACCCCGAGCUCUCCCAGGAUGCAGAGGAAGGCUCCUCCCUGUCCUCCUCCAGCGAGGAGGAGCCCACGGUGCAGGAGGCCCCGGAGGUGAUGCAGGAGGGUGAGCUCCGGGCUCAGAACGGGCUGCACCGCCCGCACAGCCUGGAGGAGCUGCCCGAAUUCACCGAGGAGCUGCUGAACGGCACCUCCAGCACGGCCCCGGCACAGGAAACCCUCUCAGAGCCCUCGGGGGUGCUGCCAGCACAGAUCCCCAGCCCUGGGGAUGGCACUGCCACCAGGCUGGGGGAUGGCAGCCUCAGGGGGAAGCAGCUGAGCCCCGUGUCCCCUGCUCUGGGUGAGGAGGAUGUCCUGAGCCCCACAGCCCAGCGGCAGCCCUGCUCCUCAGGGGACGAGUGACAGAACCUUCUGGUGGCUCCUUCCUGCCAGAACCCCAUUGUUCCCCCUUAUCCCACCCCGUCCUGAUGCUUCCCCAUCUCCCCGUGGGUUUUUACAUGUUUGUGUGGAUUUUUUGCACCCCUUUUCAGAGUGAAGAACCACCAAGUUCUGUUGCACCCCUCACAGCCCACCCAAAUUCUCACGUUUGCUCUGGGAUCCCCUCUUCAUUCUGAGUUUCCUCCUGGGUGGGUUGCCUGGAGGAACCCACCUGGUAUUUAAUUUAAACUCAGUGGUUCCCCAUUCCCUGCAAGAUUUCCUCUCCAAUUCCUCCAGGACGUCCAGCUGGACCUUAGGGACUCCCCCAAACUGCACCCUGGGAUUCAGCAUUUUGGGCUACAUCACCCCAGGCUGACCCUGGGUUUUUAACAUGUUUGUGUGGAUUUUUUGCACCCCAUUUCAGAGUGAAGAACCACCAAGUUCUGUUGCACCCCUCACAGCCCACCCAAAUUCUCAUGUUUGCUCUGGGAUCCCCUCUUCAUUUCCAGUUUCCUCCUGGGUGGGUUGCUCUGCUGUAUUUAAUUUAAACUCUGUGUUUCCUCAUUCCCUGCAAGAUUCCCUCUCCAAUUCCUCCAGGACGUCCAGCUGGAGGUUAGGGCCCCCCCCAAACUGCACCCUGGGACUCGGCAUUUUGAGGUACAUCACCCCAGGCUCCCCAGCCUGACCCUGGGGACUGAGCCACGCUGGAUGUACCCAAAAUUAAUUUAAUAAAGCCUCAUCCU